UAUUUUGAUCAUUUUGCCCUUUCCAAGAAGAUGAAUUCUUUUGUUCUAAUUUUAUUUUUGAUGCUCCUAAACAUUGAAAUUUCACAUUCUAAAGUUUUAACACCUGAAAAGACUGACUUAAAACAAAAAGAAGAAAAAUUGGAAAUUGACCAAAAGGAUUAUGAAACAAUUGACAUUGAUACAGAACCAAUAACUGAAAAUUUUGGUGUAAUUGCUUAUGAAGAAUUUCCUUUUCCAACAGACAAUCUCUUCAUUUCUUUUAAAAAUUUAAAAAUUAAUUACACAAUUAUAUUGCCUACACCAAAUGGAAUAUGCCCUUUAAAGACCAAAAUGUUUGUUUUUGUUCCGAGUAGAGCUGAUGGAUUUUAUACACGGCAUAUGAUUAGAAAUUCUUGGGGAGCGAAUUUGGCAGAGAGGAGGUAUUUUUAA